GCAUCAAGCAGACUGCAUAUUACAGCGGGAAGACCACCAGCAUAGGCAGGACUAUACAGUUCAGGUAGCAUAUAUGUAUACAUUGUAGCCAAUUGUUUCAGAUUGGUAAAGGGAAUUGAUCGAAUUAUAGCCUAACAUUGAUAGAAAGAAACAUGCUGGAGUUGUCCUUACAUAGAGAGAGGGAAACGUGUGUCUUCUCGAGGUAGCCUGUAUCGGUUUUUUUUUGGUUGUGGAUUUACUGAAGUUUUUUUUUUAAGUGUGUGUUUUGCUAGAAGAAAGACAUUCUUCUCUUCGAACAAGAAGGAAUCCGUAAUUGUCGCGCGCGCGCCGAGAUUCUGUCCCACAGCGCCUGUAACUUCGGAGAAGAAACUCUUCCUCCAAGGUCUGCGAUGGUGAACAGCCGGGUGGAGUCGUCGUCGGUGUCGGUGACGGGGGGUGGUGGAUCGGGGGCGCCGGUGCGCUCCUGUGCGGGCUGCGGCGGGCGCAUCGCCGACCGCUUCCUGCUCUUCUCCAUGGAGCGCUACUGGCACACGCGCUGCCUCAAGUGCUCCUGCUGCCAGGCCCAGCUGGGCGAGAUCGGCACCACCUGCUACAGCAAGGGAGGCAUGAUCCUCUGCCGGAAUGAUUACAUCAGGCUCUUCGGUCACAGUGGAGCGUGCAGCGCUUGCGGCCAGUCCAUCCCCGCUAGCGAGAUGGUCAUGAGGGCUCAAGGAAACGUCUACCACCUCAAGUGCUUCACCUGUGCCACCUGUAGGAAUCGGCUGGUGCCGGGCGACCGCUUCCACUACGUCAACGGCACCAUCUUCUGCGAACACGACCGGCCGGGUGGAGCGCUACUCAACUCACACCUGGGCCCUCUGCAGAGCAGCACCCUCCUACCAGACCAGAAGGUGUGCUGAGGUGAGCUGGACAGGAAAAUGCCAUGUGCCUUUUCCUCAGCCUUCUUCUUCUUCUUUUCUCUCCCUUUCUCUCUCCUCUCUGUUCUCCUCUCCUUCUCACUCUCCUUCCUCACUCUCACUCCUCCUUUGAUGCUCUGGAAAUUUCAUUCACUCCCAUCACCAUCGUCGCCUCAGCUUUGUCUCUGCGGUGGCUCUCCGUCCGUCUGUGUGCGUGCGUGCUUGCAUGGCAGAUGCCACCCUCUGUCUCCAGCUGCAUCCAUUUUCAAAGGGGACUCGUCCCACAAACAGACUGACCAAUGCUCCUAUAACACAUGAUGAGGAAAACACAGACACCGACAUCAAACGGAGUGACAUCAGCGGCGACUAAAGAAGUCUGUGCCAGUCACGCGAUGACAGGUUGGUGAUGGACAAAGGGACUGUGGUGUGCCGGGCCUUAGGUGACGAGUUUGUGGGAGUCAGUUGUGAUGAUGAAGAGAGCCUUCUACAGUGUGUGGGACCGAUUUCCUACGGAACUCUGAUUUACCGGUGACGGAACCGAUGCAGGAAUGUCUUUGCGCGGAACACGCACGGAACGGCACGCUGACAUUGCGGUGACACUGGCACACGGAGAGUUUCAUGACAUGGCGAUGCAACGCAUUUUCAGUCGGCCCUGGCAUAUAAAUCAAAGGACUUUUAUAUAGUUUGAGGGGCAUGGGGUGUAGGAUAUUAAAGUUUCCCAUGUUGUUCUUGUUUUAAAAUGUUCCUCUGCUCAGACUGUUCUUGAGAAUGCAUUUUACAUGCCCACAGAUUGUUGAUUCCAGCGUACACAUAUGUGCCAUUUUUUAUUUCAUAGGUUUCUUUUCUUGGCCUUUCACCUACAGUAGAUGUUGCCGUUUCAAUUUUUAUAUGUGAAGAGUUCUCUGGACGGUGCUCAUCCUUAAAACACUGAAUUCAUUUGAAGGCCACACAGUUCAUUAAGUUCUUGUGCAGUAAUGUGCAAAUAUACGUACAUUUGCAUUUGAGAAGCCUUUCUUGUUUUCUUUCGUUUGCCUUUGUUGUGGAAUUGUAAAUCAUCUGAGUCUAGAGCAAGAGACAGAGAUAGAGAGAGAGGCAGAUUUUUUGGAAGAAUGGAGAAGAACAAUAACAUGUACAUAGUUAUGUAAUAUUGUUUCUUGUGUUCUAUGACAAAACGUUUGUCGUUGUCUGUGCUCAGUUCUACAGGCAGGAGUGCGUUCUACUAUAUCAAAUAUCUAAAAGAGGGAAAAAAGUACUUAUUAUUAUUAAAAUGAUUAUAAUCCAUCUCUCCUGUGGUAUUUGUAAUAAAAAUAUCAGUGUAUCUGAUGAUGAUUA